AUGUCGGUGUUACCUCCAAUUAUGCUGAUGCCAUCAGUUGAUCCUGAAGUCAUACAUAUGCAGAAAGAGCUGUUGAUGCGACAGCUUCGGCUUCAGCGGAUGCAGGAAAAAGUUUUGCAAGCACAGUUCAAUUCAGUUCGGCUACCAAUAGCAAGGUACGAGGAAAUCGAUCCGGAUGGAGAACGAGUUCAACUGCUUGGCGAGAAGAAGAUGAUGACUUUAUCGGAGAGACCGUAG